CCAAAACAUUUAGGUGACACUAGUAUUGACAUUUACCUGCGUGACUUCUUUGUUUUUGUGGAGGUUUGUUUGACAACAGUAACUAUCAACUCUUAGAGCACUAUUCAUGCUCUCUCCUGGAUCCACUAUUUUUGUUGUUCAAGACAUCUGUCGGUAUAAACAUGACUGAUGGGACAGGGUGAGGCACAAUUAUGGAGGAUAUUAUUUGUGUCAGCUCGGGCAGCGACGACGACUCUGAUUUAGAGGUUAUAAGUAGUUACAACGAAGACAAAGAAGAUGGAGUUCCGUUCAUCCGAACAGAAUGGCUCCCAGUCACACCUGUCCUCAUUGAUAUCACAGACCACAAGUUAACCCCUUCAAGGCAAAGAUGCUCAAGAAGAGAUACUUGCUCCUCCUUAGAAGUUAUAGAUUUAAGUGAAGACGAUCCUCCUGAUGAUGGCGACGUCCAGCUUCAGAAUCCGUCACCCACUCUACCGUCAGCAGAAAGCAAAGACAAGAAAGUGCAUGUAACACUGGCAUCUUUUGGAAAACCUCUAGAAUCACAAUCUCGAACAAGUGUUGGAAAAGAUGUAGCUAAUUCAGGGUGUUUUGUAGGGAACAGUGUGCAGUCUGUCGUCUCUAAGUCACUCGCUCAGGAGAACGCUCUCACAGACGUGCUCCAAAGAACAGAAAAUCAUUUGCAUGAGGACACAAAUUGUAAUUCAAGCUUGUCGUCUGAGCAGUUGAGCUGGGACAAGUGUUUGGAACGUUGCAGCUCCAAUGAUACAAGUAAAAAUUAUUUCAAAAAUGUAUCUGAAGUAUUAAAGAACUCUAUUGCAGAUAUAUCGCAGAACACUAAAGACACACAGCUUAAUACACCAGCUGUCUGCAGCAUAGACACAGACCGAGAAAACAAAGAAAAUGUUGACUCAUCACAGAAAUGGGAAGGCAGUGUUCGCUCUUCUUACAGUCUUGACAGUCCAUAUUACUGUCCGAGUGAGGUAGAUGCUUAUAUAUUUUCUGACUCAUCCAAUAAAUCUGAAGAUAAGGAUCAGCCAUUUACAACAUACAACUUUCAACUGUCACCUCAAACCUUUGAGCUUCCUUCUGAUACUUAUACUCCAUCAAUGUCCAAUGCACUUUCUUUGAAUGAUAACAAUGAAACGAUGAAUAUCUGCGAAAAUGAGGGCCUACAUACUCCGGUUCGGCCAGCACAUUCUUCCCCCUCCAUACCUACCUCAUCUAGGGCCUCGCCCCACUGGAGCCUUGAACUUAGAUCUAUCCAUAGUAAACCCUGCAGUCCCACUUCCACAGAGAUUCUUGCCAGCGACACAGCGGCACAUUCCCCUGAUCUGUCUACGCUGAGCUCACCAAGUAGCACCUUCAGCCUCCUCUUCUCGCAGCCCUCCCCGCCAAUCUUUUCAGAGAGAGCAGAGCUAAGGAGAAAUGAUUUAGAUGCACUAUCCACACAAAGCCCUUCCAUCAGGCUUUGGGAGACAAGCAGCGAUGACAAUGAAAAUGUGCCGGAUAAUGUGGGUUCAGAUCUCUCUGAAAACAACUCCCAAGAUGGACAACAUAUUUGUCUGGCUCAGUACAGAAAAUUAAGUCAGUGCAUGGGUGGAAUGGUUCCACAGAUGCAUGAUGAUGAGGAGGAAGGUGAACACUAUGGUCCCGCUGAGCCCCUGUGCCGACAGAGCCUUAGUUUGGUUAACAGCACCAUUGAGGAGAAUUACCCAGAGGGCACUCUUCAGCUGCUCUCUGACUUCAUUCAGCCUCGGUUUUACCCACCGGUGGACAUUACGAAACAUCUGCUCAGGGAGAUUUUCUUGGACCCACAGAGCACUGAUGUCCUAGUCGUAGAGGCCUAUAAUCUAUUGAUGAAGACUCAGAGAUACCACCCUGUGGAUGCUUCUACAGUCCCAUGGGAUUGGGAACUGAUGAAGACGGCUAUGAAGGAUCAGGAGGACACUAGGAGGUUGCGGAUGAUGGUCCGGUACAUGCUCCUGCAAUAUGUGUUGCAGGUUUUAGAAGAUGACUUUCAUUUUAAACUCAGGACUCAAUGUCUUCAACACUCUGUUGCAAAGAAGAUGCUUUCAUGUGGCCCUGAAACGUUUGGGCAAGUCAGGGAUCUAAUAAAUUGGAUGAUUAAUGCUGCUAAGGAGUCGGUGAACAACUCAAAAGAUGUGGAAUAUCCAAAGAAAGAGGACAACUGUCUUAAGAUUGUAUUAUCUCUUCAGAGGAUGUUAUCAUUGGCCCUAGAGGUGGACAAGGACCCCACCUACAAUUCAGACAAACUUUCAGAAGAGCUCUUCAGUUGUCUUAACAGAAUGUGUUCUUGCAGGAAGAUAAGACUCUUAUUGUUGAGUACUCUGGAGAGCAAGCUGCUGAGAUGCAAGUUGUUGAAGCUGCUGCUGGAUGAGGCUUGUUCUCAGAAGACACGCUUGCCCAUGUCUCUAAGCUUGCUGCUACACUACCUUAAGAGCUCCACACUGACUUCAGAACCCUCAGAUGGAGCAGAGAAAUGGAGAAAAUGGGAUGAACUUCUUCAGCUUCUGUGGAUGUUGAUGCUCAGCUAUGAAGAAGUGGUGACAGGUCACCUACACUCUCCCAUCACAAAGCGCUUUGAUAGGAUGCAUGCUCCGAUUUGGACACGGGAUGAUCAGGUGAAAUGCUCAGCAGUUCAAGAGGCAGCAGACACCUUCCUGUCACGAGCAGCGGAUGACAUCGGCCACGCUCUCCCAAUGGAAAUGCAGGAAUUACUAUGCCAACUACAAGAACACAUUACUGACAUGUCCAGUGUUACUUCAAGUCAUUAAACCUUUUUAAUAACUUUGUUUGACAGUGUUUUUUUUUUUU